GUGGAAAGAAAGAGCGCGAGUGGUGGGUAGGUGGAGGAGUAUAGAUGAGAGAUGAAGGCGACUUGGCGGGUCCCGUAGUCGUGAGUCACGAGUGCUGGCUGUGCUAUUUAAGCUUUUCUCUUGCUUUGGUCAUACGAUUCUGUCGGAGAGUGGCUAUCAAGACGUCCAUCGGCAUCGUGCAGCAGCAGCGGGGUCUCCGCGCGCAUGUGCGGCCUCUGGAACGCACUAGCAGCGGCAUUGCAGCAGAGGAAGGUUGAUCGCGGGGCAGCACCACAUGUGCCUUGGCGUGCAUUUGCGGCUUUGCCGGGGCUGUACAGCAAGCAGCAGCUCAAGAGCAUUAGAGUGCGCUUUACCACUCAUUAUUAUGACUCUCUUUGCGGGUAAUGGCAUCCAUCGUACCUACAAUGAGCGCGCGAGGUUUACUGACUUGAGAUUUGGGUCGUUGCAGGCUCAUCGGGUCGGCACCGUGCCGUACUCUCUCCGAAGACCGCACGGCCAGCCGCGCUAGAGGCAAAGGCUCACGCGGUCUGUUCUCAUGCAACCCCGCACGGCGACGUCAUCAAUGCCGUUCUCAGCUUGGUCGUCUCGGAGCGAAGGCCGCGAUUGGCCGUCAAGCAUCCGUGGACAAUGUGGGAGGGUGAGGGAAGGGUACGUGCGAGAAGAAGAUGAAUCGAGGUAUGGGAGAGGUUGUUCAGCCAGACUUGGUGGUGAGCGCAGGGCUAAUUCGGGGGAAGCGUCUCCUCGACUGCAUAGCGUAAGCUAAAGCGCGUGGGGGAUCGGUGUGCUUAGAAGCCGUAAUUAUCAUCGUGACGCGACGCGUGUAUGGAUGGACGAUGGUGCCAACUUUUGAAGCGGGAGUCGUGAUGAGUCUCCUUCGAGUAUCAAGUCCCGAAAGUCCAUGCAGCAGCGAGCGAUGAGCAAUUCCUCUCCGGGCAGAAGAUUUGCUUUCGCGAAUUCGUGCAAGGGACCAGCAAUUGCGAGUCUGCUG